AUGUGGACUUGCUUCAAAUACUCGGCCGAACACAGGGUCAUUCAGAAAACCCCAGUAGGGAUGAAAACGCGACCUGAAACCGAAUUUUGUCGGCCAAGCGAGGAUAUUCUGUCUUUCUGCCGAGAGGUCAGCGACUAUUUUAUAUCUUCGAUCUGCUUUGGCCUCCCCACAUUGGACUUACAAAGGGUUACCUUCACGUUCGGCGAAGCUGAUUUUGGUCUUGGUGGGUGCUCCACUCAGCUACAUCAUCAUCGACUGGAUCCCGAGCCUGCGGAUCAUAUGAGCGUUGGCUUAGCUCCGGAAAUGCGCGAAUAG